AACAUCAAACUCAAGUCCGCACUCCCUCUGUCUCUUUCUCUCUCACAGUCCUAUCCCAGAGUCCCACUUGUCAAGAUUUCUCCCCAAUUUAGCCCCGCAAUUAUUUCGAUUUUUAACUUGGCCCCAAAACUCUUAAGAAAUUUACCCAACGAAACCACACUCCCUGUUAAACAAUUCGAUCGCGUUCUAUCACCCUCUGCACCACAAAUUCAACUUCUCUGGAGUUUCCAGAAUCGGAUUCUGCUUUCAAAAUCUGACCAAGUUUGCACCAAUUCGUCCCAGUCAUUUCCGUACGACCUGUUUCGGCCAGGAGCGACUGGCGGGCUCGAUAGAUUUGACCGAACACUCGGGUUUUCGAAGCUGGUUCUGACGUUGGGUUCGAUACGGUUUUCUUUUGGUCAAACUUGAUUUGGCGGAUUCAUGGAAUUUGAGCUAUCUGAUAGCAGUGGAACAGAUGAUGACCUUCCUCCUUCACAUCAAAAUAGAUUCCAAAGAGCAGGCCACACAGCUGGAAAUGGAAGAUCUGCAGUUGUUGGUUCUGCUCCAUUAUCUAGGAUGCACGGUGAUAUGGAAACCCAGAUCCACCAGAUUGAGCAAGAAGCAUAUUGUUCAGUCCUUCGGGCAUUCAAAGCUCAAUCUGAUGCGAUCACUUGGGACAAGGAAAGCUUAAUUACAGAACUUAGAAAGGAGCUCAGAGUAUCAGAUGAGGAACACAGAGAGCUUCUAUCCAGGGUUAAUGCUGAUGAUAUCAUUAGGAGGAUAAGGGAAUGGAGGAAAGCAAGAGGGCCCCCAUCCGGCAUGCUCAAUGCUGCUCAGCCUGUUCAUGAGCCCGUACCUAGUCCCACAGUUUCAGCAUCACGCAAGAAACAGAAAACAUCACAAUCUGUGGCUUCCUUGUCCCUUGGUGCACCAUCUCCUGCGAUGCAUCCAUCUGGGCAACCGUCUUCAUCAGCCUUGAGACGAGGUCCUCCUCCUCCAGGAUCAAGGAGCAAGAAGCCAAAAUCGUAUCCUUCUACUGGUCUCACAGGAAGGGCCCAAGUUGGUAAUCGUGCUUCUUCAGGUGCCUUUGCAACCAAUGAACCUGCCGAGCCCACAACCUAUGAUCCACUAAUUGGGAGAAAAGUCUGGACAAGGUGGCCUGAAGAUAACCACUUUUAUGAGGCAGUAAUAACUGACUACAACCGUAUUGAGGGCCGACAUGCCCUGGUGUAUGAUAUUAAUACAACAGAUGAAACUUGGGAGUGGGUCAAUCUCAAAGAGAUAUCGCCUGAAGAUAUCAGGUGGGAAGGUGAGGAUCCUGGAGUUUCUCAUAAGAUUGGUCAUCCUGGACCAGGCCGGGGGGUUAAGAAAUCAAUGGCACGUGGUGGUGCAGUUACCGGUGCAGGAAGAGGUAGAGGAAUAUCAAAGGGUCAGUCAAAGAAAGAGUUUUCCUUGUCGCAAAAUGGAAUUGGGAAGAAGGCAAUGGGUGAUAUUGAAAUAGUUCACACAGAUACUCUUAUCAAGGAGGUGGAAAAAGUUUUUGGUGCCAGUCAUCCUGAUCCCAUGGAAAUCGAGAAAGCUAAAAAAGUGCUGAAAGAGCAUGAACAAGCCUUGGUGGAUGCAAUUGAAAGGCUUGAAGAUGCAUCUGACGGUGAAAGUGCAGAUGGAGAAAACCCAUUCUCACAGGGGCGAUCAGUGGAUCAAGAAGGAUGGAGGAAGCGGCAAUAUGAUGAAAUAGGCGAGCGUAGAGUAGUUGAAGGUUCACAUGAGGAUAAAAAUGGCUAGAGGGAGUAAAGUUGCAUCCAUGAUCGUCAAGAAGGCGACGACAUAUAGAAUGUGUGCUUGUAGUAUGUUUUUCUCUUAUGUUACGAUCACCCUAGUGUUUAGUUUGGCUAGGUUCUCUUUGGUUAGAAAAAUAGGCUUGGUUUUAAUGUAUGUAUAAGUUUAGCUGGGGAAAUGCUGAUGCAAAACAUUUAACUAGAAGACUUGACCUUGUAAAGAUUAUUUUGACAAAUGCAUACUAUUCUCGUGGUUGACUCUC